AUGCAGGUAUCAGAGCACAAAUAUUUAGCUUUGAAAAUGAAGUUCAACAACGUGAGGUUUCGCUCGCUGAAGGCACUUGUUAGGCCUGCUUAUUUUCUCAUCAUUCUAGCUCUUUCAAGUUUCAUGUUCAAAGAAUUGUGUGAGAUGAUUAAGCAAUCCAAAAACCGCGUAAUGUCUGAGUCUGUAGGAGUGCGUAACAAAUCUUUUUCGGAGAUUCAGAUGACUGCAGGGCUGCUGCACCACCUCAAUUCAUCAGCAUCAAAUUUAGCAAGAGCUUUAAGUUCAUCUUUGAAUGGAACUCAGCUUUCAUUUGCCGCCAUUCAAGAUAAGGUUGCACCAACUUUGUUUCUAGCACUUUCGACAAUUCCGGAACUAUCACAAGUUUCAUAUAUUGGACUUGAUGGUUUAUUAUUCUCAUUCUACAAUGUCAAGGAUCAAACAUUUUCAAUCUAUUCCAACACUUCAUUUUCCUCGCAAUGGUUUACUCAACCCGUAAAUCGCGACACUGGGAUGUUAUAUGGAGAUGCAGUUGCCUCUGACCCUAUGGUUACUGUAAAUGCAAGUUGGUUUCAGAAGGCCUUGAGUAGCACAAGUGGGCAUUCUUCAAUGGAGACUGGGUGGAACAAGGCUAGAGAUAGUUUAUUCCUUAACACGGUGGCCGUUGAUGGAAGGGGUGUUGUAUCCCUUGGGUUUCCAAUAGAAGUGGUUACUAAUCAUUUCGCAGCUCUCGAUUUUCAUGGCGGGUAUUUUCACUUGGGAACUGCAGAUGGACAGGUUAUCAGGCAAACAGAGCUUCCAAACAGUCAAAUAGAGAUACACAACGACAGGGUUAUGGUGCAAACAAUGAAGCGAAAUGGUGACCCUUUAGGUCACUACAAUAUCUCAUGUGAUCCAGAGGUUGGCGGAUUAAGACCUCUUCAUAAGAGAAUAGUGGGAAUCAAGUACAUGUUUUACUGCUCCACCCUUGAUAUUGCUGGACUUAAAUCGGUUUAUGUGUUGGCAUAUCCUAGAAAUGGUCUAGUGCACCUUGUACGCAGAAACAGCAUGUUAUCGCUGCUGCUUCUAGCCCUUGUGUUUAUUUUUGUUGUUGUCUCCCUCUGCAUCUACCUAUUCUUAACUGCAAGAGCAACAAAUCGCGAGAUGUUUCUGUGUGCUUCCCUAAUAAAACAGACAGAAGCAACUCAACAAGCAGAGCGCAAGAGCAUGAACAAAACUAAGGCCUUUGCUGGUGCAAAUCAUGACGUUCGCAACUCUUUGGCAGCUAUCAGAGCUUCGAUACAUUUUUGCCAGGAAGAGGCUAAUCCAGACUCUAAGUUAGCAGAACAAUUGGUGCAGUUGGAAAAUCAUACGAAGGACCUUCUCGGCAUAUUGAAUUCAAUUCUGGACAUGAGUAAAAUUGAAGCUGGGAAAACAUCACUUGAAAUAGAAGAUUUCAACUUGGCCGAACUCCUGGAGGAGGUAGUUGAUAUGUUCUAUCCUUUGGGAAUGAACAAAGGCAUAGAUAUUGUGCUAGAUCCUUGUGAUGGUUCUGUACUCAAAUCAGCUAAUUUUACGUCAGAAGGUUAUGUCUCGAUUCGUGCUGUGGUUAAGAAGAAAAACUUUCAAAAAGAGAUUAUUGCUUCUAAUCAUACAACUGUGAUGAAAUUUCUCUCUCGCUUUUGUUACAACAACAAGGAUAGUUUCAAUGAUCUUGAUGCUCUUAAUACCGUUGAAGAAACUCCCAAUGAGAUGGAGUUUGAGUUUGAGGUAGAUGAUACAGGCAAAGGAAUACCUAAAGACAAGCAAAAAUCCAUCUUUGAAGACUAUGUUCAAGUAAAGGAAACAGCUAUAGGACAAGAAGGUACUGGUUUGGGACUUGGCAUCGUUCAAUCGUUGGUACGUGUGAUGAAAGGAGAGUUGAGGAUUGUUGAGAAAGAGCUUGGAGAAAGAGGUACUUGCUUCAAGUUCAAUGUUUUUCUUUCCUCGGUCGAACCCAAAUCAGCUGAACCAGAUGAAGCUCGCCGCUCGAGUGCAUUUCAUCAGCAUUUUCCUUUCAUGUUACCUAAACCAGAAGGGUCGCAUGUCAUAAUCUUUAUACCUGGCGAAGAACGAAGAAAAGUUCUGAAGAAGUAUAUAGAGAGCUUGAACAUUAAGGUGACGACAAUGAAGCAGGUGAGGAAUUUACAGCUAGAGCUUGAAAGAGUUAAGCGCAAGCUAGACCUUUCUUAUUUCAUCUCAGGAAAACCUGAACACACUUUAUAUGACUACCUGAGCAAAUCUGCAUCCGCUAAUUCGGACCGAGGAUCGAUCGACGGAUCUCUAAACAUCAACGACGGAGGUGAUCAUAUUACACCACACUACAAAAAGACCAACUCCAGAAGUUCAUCAAGCAUCACACUGCUCGUGAUCGAUGCCAACGAAGCUAAUAGUUACUCUAACUUCCAAAACAUCCUGGCUAACUUCCGGAAAGACAUUGAAAGAUCUUUGUGUAAGGUUGUUUGGUUAAUUGAUCCAAUCAUGGGACAUUCAAAUGAUGAAGCAAGCAAUAGGGUAACCGUAGAAGGCGAUUAUCUGAUACAUAAACCACUUCAUGGUUCAUGUUUAAGUCAAGUCCUGUCGUUGCUUCCGGAACGCAAGGGUGCAUCUCAUUGCAACUUCUCAAAGUUCAUAAUGAGAACAACAGCUCAAGAAGUGCAGCAUUGUGAAGACUAUAACCUUUCGAAUGAUCUGACUUCCUCGGAGAUCUUCGAGUUAGACAUUACUUCGCCUCAGAGCAGCUCAUCCCAGCCGAUCGUAGCACAUAAAGGCGAUGUAGAAGUUGGUUUCAAACCUUUGAAUGGAAAGAAGGUUCUGGUUGUUGAAGAUUCUACGUUGUUGCUGAGAUUAACUAGUUCUAUUCUGAAAAAACUUGGAGCAAGUGUUGAAGUCUGCACAAAUGGAAAAGAGGCCUUCAAUGACGUCUGCAAAGCUUUAAGUGAUCAAAAGAAGGAAGGGGAUUUAACUUCUCUCCCUUAUGAUUUCAUUUUCAUGGACUGUGAGAUGCCAUUAAUGAAUGGAUUUGAGGCAACAAGGUUGAUACGAAUGGAGGAAGAACAAUAUAGUGGCGUUCAUAUUCCAAUCAUUGCAUUAACUGCCCAUGCAAUGUCAGAGGAAACAAGCAGAGUGUUUGAUGCUGGGAUGGAUUUCCAUUUGACUAAACCCUUGGAAGAGAAAAAGAUGUUGGAGGUUAUCAGAUCAAUUGUAAAUGAGUGA